GGCGGGUAAAGGCAGUGGAGGACAGAAAAAAACAAAAACAAUCCGCCCGGGCGUCCAUCUUGAAUACAGUAAGCCAACGGUGACUGACAGCAACGGAGAGUGAAAUCGCGAUAAAUUGAGAUCCGACCGCUCUAAAAAGUCAACUGACUGCGAACACCGGGAAAAUACAUAUUGAAGGAUUACAUUUAGUGACGUUAUCUGUCAAUUCCGUCUCAUUUUUGGCGUCAUAUUCCCGACGGGGCUGAUGAAGUUAUUUCGGAGGCUGUACAUGCUAAGCUUUAUUCAGCCGUCGACAUGUCUUAGUUUAAAACGACUGCUUGUUUUAACUACCUACCUUAGCAGUUCUGGAAAAGCUUUGUGAGGUUGGUAAAUGCAGGUUUGAGUCAUUAACACCCGAAGGGAAUGUGGAUAUAGCGCGUUUGGCCAUAUUUAAGUCCUUCACUGUCAACUUGAGCUCGCGCGUGCGCUGAAUCGUGCGCGUGACCCCAUUUAUUUCACUUUAUCUAUGCUCAGUUGUACUACAUAAAUUAUAUUUAAAAAAUAAAAAAUAAGUGAAGUAAGCGUGAUGCGGAAAUAUCGUUUAGGGAUGUUAAUUAUAUUUUUAUCCCGGUAAAUGUGCAUGCAUUUAGUGUACUGCCAUAGACUUUUCAGGUGGGUGUGAUUUAGAGACAUUGCUCUGCUUGAAGUAUUUGUUCCUUUGCAUUGCUAACAAUAUUUUAUAUAUAUUUUAUGGCGGGUUCUAUGCACAGGUUGUCCAGUUCUAUUCAUUGGAAAUGGGAGCUGUCCCAUUUACUGAAAGAUCUUAUUGAACGGGCUCGUUUAUUCUGAGCGCGCGACAGGGCAACAUUGUAUAGAUAGUAUUCGUACGCGUUGGAAUUUACUCGUUAUUGAUAUGGUUUUUCAGGAAAACUGCAUGGACAGUCAUAGAUAACUUUAUUUCUAAAAGCACGUCUGCUUGAACUAUCACCAGUGGACACUUUGAUGCCGUUUCCCCAAUCGUUAAAUCUGAGGACUAUAAACUGCCAUUGGAUUUGUGCACUGCCAUAUAUCACUGACUCGGUGACAUGGAUGUGUUUCACUGACUGCUGAUCAGUAAUUCGAGGGGAAACUUGAAUGCAGAGACUCUUGGAUUUUGUAGGACAAGACAGAAGAUUGAAAAAUGGGACCUGCAACAAAGCUGGCGUUUGGAGUGUUCCUCAUCUCCUGCUCCUCAGGUGCCAUUCUCGGCCGCUCAGAGACACAAGAGUGUGUGUUCUACAACUACAACCCCAGUUUGGAGAACCGAGGUAACCGCAGCGGUAUUGAGCCUUGCGUGGGAGACAAGGACAAGAGGCUUCAUUGCUUCGCAACUUGGCGAAAUGUGUCAGGAUCAGUUGAAAUAGUAAAGCAAGGCUGCUGGCUUGACGAUGUCAACUGCUAUGACAGCACUGAGUGUGUGGAGAAGAAGGAGGACCCAGAUGUGUUCUUCUGCUGCUGUGAGGGCAACAUGUGCAACGAGAAGUUCUUCUACAACCCCGACAUCCCGCCAGUUCAGAGUAAGGCUCCCUUCAGCGACACAAACAGCAAAGUCUUUAAGGCAACAUCCAACCCCUUCACCCAGAAGCCACCACUGUUCAGCACCCUCCUUUACUCCAUCGUGCCCAUCAUGGGCAUCGCUGCCAUUGUCCUGCUCUCCUUCUGGAUGUAUCGGCAUCACAAGCUAGCGUAUCCACCUGUUCUGGUGCCUACCCAGCACGCCUUUCAUAUAAUGAUAGAGGACCCUGGACCCAUGCCGCCGUCUCCCACCCUGGUCCAGAAGCCACUGCAGUUGUUGGAAAUCAAAGCUAGGGGGCGCUUUGGCUGUGUGUGGAAGGCUCAGCUGCUCAAUGACUAUGUGGCAGUGAAGAUCUUCCCCAUUCAGGACAAGCUGUCUUGGCAGAAUGAGUAUGACAUUUACAAUCUCCCCGGCAUGAGGCAUGAAAAUGUUCUUCACUUCAUUGGGGCCGAGAAGAGAGGAAGCAACCUGGACAUUGAGUUGUGGCUCAUCACGGCUUACCAUGAAAAGGGCUCACUGACGGACUACCUGAAGGCCAACGUAGUGACGUGGAACGAACUAUGUCACAUCGCUCAGACCAUGGCUCGAGGACUGGCUUACUUGCACUCUGACUUCCCUGGACACAGAGAUGGCCACAAACCGGCCAUUGCACACAGGGAUAUUAAGAGCAAGAAUGUGCUGCUGAAGACAAACCUGACAGCCUGUAUAGCUGACUUUGGUCUGGCUCUGAGGUUUGAGGCAGGGAAGUCAGCUGGGGACACGCAUGGGCAGGUGGGAACAAGGCGUUACAUGGCUCCGGAGGUGUUGGAGGGGGCCAUCAACUUCCAGCGAGACUCUUUCCUCAGGAUAGACAUGUAUGCAGUCGGGCUGGUGCUUUGGGAGCUGGCGGCCCGCUGCACUGCCUCUGAUGGUCCAGUUGACGAGUACAUGCUUCCGUUUGAGGAGGAGGUGGGCCAGCAUCCCACUCUAGAGGACAUGCAGGAGGUGGUGGUCCACAAAAAGCUUCGGCCCACUCUCAGGGAGUGCUGGCAGAAACAUCCGGGUCUGGCCAUGCUGUGCGAAACUAUAGAGGAGUGUUGGGACCACGAGGCCGAGGCGCGUCUCUCCGCGGGAUGUGUCGAGGAACGUGUGGUCCAAAUGCAGCGGCAGACUAGCAUCUCUGCCCCAGAGGAAAUAGUCACCGUCGUAACCAUGGUGACCAACGUGGACUAUCCCCCUAAGGAGUCCAGUCUAUGACUAGAGGAUAUCAGCAUGUGAAUUGCGGGCUGACCGAACAGAAAAGACGUGUCGGGAAUGGUGGUGGACUGCUGUUCUGACAGCCAGCUUCAGACAUGCUGGAUGAUUGUCCUGUACUUACGACUGGAUCAAAUGCAGACUAUACAUUUUGCGGCGAAUCUGGGUUUAAUACAGGUAUACCUGGAGCCAGCUAUGUUAAUGUUUGUGUGUGUAUAUAUAAACUAGUACCACGGAGCGCUCCGGUAAGGACGGAAGAUUAUAAGCCGGCAUCAAAAACGUUGUUGUCGUUUCUCUGCUUGGAGAAGAAACUUUCCCGUUCAAGGAGUAAACGAGACUCCUCCGCACGGUCAUUUCAGUAUAAAAAGGGCAACGUCCAUGUAAAAAAAAAAAAACACAUUUAAUGUGUUCAUAUGAAUGACUAUUGUAAUGCCAAUAAGAAACAGCUUUUUGAAUGUGUAGUGUGACGCUGCUGUACAGAUAUCAACAGAAAGGGUGACGAUACAACCCAAAUCAACACGUGUUUUCUCUGAAAGCUUUCAGAGCUUCUGUCAGAUAACCACCAACCUCUCGACAAGGUAUACCUCAGUUUCUCAUCCUAAUAAUACGUUUGUUUUGUAACACUAUAUGAUAUAAAAAAAGAGGCUUUUCGAUGACCUCCAUUUGGCACGGAAGCUUUUUAAAUACGGGGAAAACUUUUUUUAUAUGACAGAUUAUGCCAAGAAACGAUGGCCAUUCAUAAACCAGUGUUCUGCCUUCUUUCUUUUAGUUGUUCUCUGUGUUGCCCUGCUGUUUAAAAUGUGAUACUUUUUUUUUUUUUUUUUAGCAUUGUGACCGUUUGUUUGUUGAAACAAUUUUUGACCUUUAUCGAGACCUGUUGAGAAGAAAAAAAUCCCUGAAAAUAUGAAUUUUGUGAAAAUAAUACAGAAGCACUUACCAGUAUAGGUUUGCAGUGUCCUCACAACAUUGACGUAUGUGCAUGCCUUGUGUUCUUUUUUUUUUCUUUUCUUUUUCCUUUGUUUUUCAAACCUUUGUUAUCACGUGGAGCUUGUGCAUGAGAUCCCGUUAGCAGUCAUUUAAACCCCUUCGUUAUUCGUUAAUCUGAAGUAUUUCCUGUCUUCAGGGCGUCACUUUUUGUUUCAUUUUCAUUUUCAUUUGGAAUCGUCCAAUCCUGGUCUUCGAUGAUCACUGUCUGUCAGAUCAAACUGGUUUCAGAUCAGCAGCCAGGCGACCUUCUACACACUUCUACAAGAACUGUAUCUCAGUAUGUCUCAGGAAGCGUUUCCCUUUGCUUUGAGCCCUCUGGUGCCAUUCUGGUAACCCUUGUUGUAUUAUGUAUGCAAGGGCCCUUGGUAUAUAUAACACCUUAUUAGUGUGGUCAUAUUAUGUGCAAUAACAUCCUAAGCAGGGACUGUUUAACAGCUCACGGGCCACUUCCAGUGUGGUAAAAAUAUAAGCACCUAGCGGAUUGCUUAGACCAUAAUGUACAUCAUGAACUGAAGUUGACGUCAAGCUUACGACAUGCUAUGCAUAUGUUAUGACGCCCGGUUGUCUGAGUAUUAAGCUAAUAAUAUGCUGUAAUGGGGACCGAACACAUGCAGUAACUCUCUGCCGACUGGCUGACAGUCUUUCAAAUGAACAGCUUCUCUGUUGCUGCUCUUAGGAUUCGUUCACACUGCACUUAAAUCCAUUUUGAUUUUCAAAUCCAAUCUUUCGGAUCAACUGACAUUUUGCAAAUCUGAUCCAUUUGUUCAGACAGUGUAGUCAGUAUCUGUCCCGAUAUCCCAAUAUCAGUCAUUACCAUCGCACUGCAUCCCAGAUGAUGAAAAAUCUGCCUGAAAUCUGUUCACAAUUAAACUGAUUUUAAUCUGAUUUCAAUUCACAUUUGGAUGUGAUUUGAAUCGGAUUCGUAAAAAUCUUAUUUUUAUGUGGUGGUUUUUUUCUCGUUCAGACUACAAACAGCUAAACUGAUUUGAGUCAGAUACUAAUUUAGAUUUCUGAUUCAGAUCUGAUUCAGACCAUUCAGACUUAUCACAUAAAAAUCUGAUUUUAAUCUGAUUUCAAACCACACUUGGAUGUGGUUUGAAUCCGGUUUGUAAACAACUCAUUUCAUGUUUGUUUUUUUCAUCCAUUCAAACUACGAACAUUUAAACUGAUUUGAGUAUGAUACAAAAUCGAAUUUCUGUUGCCUGUCUGAACAAAUUCUGAAAUAUAAUUCAGUGGCUCAUUUUGCUUCAUUUUGCUUUUGUGAUAACGCAUGUGAUGCAUUUGACAAUUUUCAGGUUCAUACGACCGUAUGCAAUCAAGCCCUUUCAAUGAAAGCUCUCUAUCUCUCUCUACUGUAGCAUUCUCAGCCAGCUCAUUCUGUUUUACUUCAUCUGACUGCUGUCAGAAUGGUAAAGUAAUAAGGGCCCAUGCCAUCUUUCAAAGGCCCUCAGUUGGACUCUGUAGGUGCAAAAUUUGAAGGCCAGGUGGUUAUAAGACCAAGCUAAAGUUCUGGUUAGGGUUAGGAUGAGUGCUCUUGGUCUGAGAGCAUCAUCUGUGAGGUUCUUGCGAUUUCUUUUGACUGUAAACACUACAGAAGAUUCACUAAGCGUGAGCGACUGCUGCUGGCCUGUAGAGUGUUUUCACCAGGUGCUGUCCUGUACCCUUGUCUGUUUUUGGUGUUUUAUUUGGGGAAUCUGGGAAGAUAGUUGAAAAAGAGAAAAAGCCAAACUUUAAAAGCCCCCUGUUUAGUAGAAGACUCAAUUGAAAAUGCACCGUAUGUACAUAUGAAUGUUGUUUAAGAUUGUGAAAAGAGCAUGAGUUUUUUUAUGUCUCAAAGAAAGAAAUCCUUUAUUGAUAUUAUUAUUAUUAUUAUUAUUAAAUAUUUUAAUGUUAAUUUUGUACAUCUGUAUCUUAGUUUUAUUAAUUUAUAUCAUGGCCCAACUGUCAUUCUUCUUUUCUCGAUAAAUGAGAAGUGAUGCUUUCUCUAUUUUUAAAACUAGUCAGAUACAACACUACAAAAGAAUCAGUCCUUUACCUCAGACUUCCACUCACAGCGUUCAAAAGAUUGAACAAACAGUGUAGCACGACAGACAACAUGGUGCAGCGUUGCAAGUAUUGCUCCUGGGAUUCGACCAGCAGCUUCUCUUUGUCUAUUCUCUCAGACACACUUCAGUGACAAUGCUUCUUCUCAUUGAGUGAAUGUCUCCGCUUUACCAAAACUCUCUAUUUUAGGUGCGAGCAGCUGUAUUACUGUUGUGCUGGACAUGCCAUUUUUGUCCACCUUACUCUUGAGUAUUUAACGCAUUCAGGGCCUGAUCAGACAUAAUUGUUACAUAAUGUACAGAUUAAAUUUUAUGCUACUACUCCCCUCAAAUAAAGUAUAGUGACUGCUCUCAAA